UUCUGGUUCUGUGGUUCAUGUGAUGGUCAACGAUUACUGUAAAAUUAGCGGCGAAGCUUAUUCCCCGGCGUCGGCGGCGGCCAAGGCGCUCCUUCUCCUUCUGAUCAAAAGGAGGAUGGGAGAUCGAGGAAGAUGAGGAGAUGGAGAACGCGCGGGAUGCUCGCCGGCGAAGGAUCUUGGAGCGCGGAUCCGACCGCCUUGCCCUAAUCUCCGGGCAAGCCCAAUCCGUCCCCGAUUCAUCCCCUCGUGGCCCCAAUGAAGGACAUCCUCCCCCUUCCGGUUCUCCAUUUAGCAGUGUUGAGGGAACUAGUGCUCAUCUUACUGACCAAUAUAAGAGCGACAAAGAUGGCCAAGUCACUGCUAGUGAAAGAGAAGAAAUCAAUAAACACAAACCAAUUCCUACAACUCAGGCAAGCAUUGGAAUGGUUAGUGCCAACAAGAUGGAACACAAUAAUACUGUGUUUGAAUUAAAGCCUCAAGUGAAUGAGCUGCAAAGGAAUAAGGUUUCAGAACUUUGUAACGCUUCGGUGGUGGCGCAGAAAUCAUCUGAUCAAGUUUUAGAUACAACUCUAUCAGCAAGGUUGAUGAAACACGUGACAAUCUCAUCAAAGCAAGUCAGCCAUGUUGUCUCGGCUUCUGAAAAUGCACGUUUGCUUUGUGCAUUUGCGAUCGCAAUUUUCACCGUCAUAUCGAGCUGCCUUGGUGGUGUAUUUGGCGGAAGCAUUAACUUCAGACCUUUGUUCCUUGUUAUCUUGGCGGACUUGACCAUUGUUUUUUGGCCUCUGAUGGCAAAUCAGGCAGCUAAGAACGAAAAACUGGAGUAUCAUUGGACGGGGAACUUGAGCGAUAUUUUGGAGGCAUGGUUGAUCUUUCAGGAAGUAGCAGGUACCAUUUUCAUGGAUUGCAGCAUAUGCGCUGUUGUUAUGAUCUCUGCCCUUUGCAUCCAAAUCUUUUGAGUUAUUUGGUUGUUUCGAGUAAUUUAUGAAGAUUCACUAGAAAAUAGAUGAUAACCAGCAAUUUCUCACACUGGAGAACAGAUUUCAAGAUCAUGAUCGAGAUCGAGAUGUAGCAAAUCGGUACCUUGUUCUCACAAAAUUUUCUUAUUUUGGUGGUAAAGAUUUUUGAGUUCGCACUACUAAAAAAAAUUGUCAAAUUUAAGGUUUUCUUUUAUCAAUUGUAUCAAAAUAGUCUGAUAAAUAAUAACUUCUUUUAAGAUUAUGUUAGAUGA